GGAACUUUAACUACGAACUUUACCAGACUAGAGAAGGUGGCAGCAAUAAAAGCCUCUGCUUUAAAAAUAACACAAAGUAAAACUUGUUGAUCACUAACAAGACAGAAGCAAACAUGGAGCAGAGAGAAGACGAGCUGAACCAAGACUCCAUCGCGUGUCCCAUCUGUUUGGAUCUUCUGAGCGAUCCAGUGACAAUCCCCUGUGGGCACAGCCACUGUAUGAACUGCAUUAAAGAUCACUGGGACAGAGAAGACCAGGAGGGGACCCACAGCUGCCCCCAGUGUGGGCAGACCUUCAGCGGCAGACCUGCCUUGAAAAAAAACAUCACGUUAUCAGAGUUGGUAGAGAAGCUGCAGAAGGAUGGCCUCAAACGAAGCCAUUCUGAUCACGGCUCUGCUGGACCCGAAGACGUGGCCUGUGACGUCUGCACUGGAAUCAAGCUGAAAGCUGUCCAGUCCUGUUUGGUCUGCUUGGCGUCUUACUGUGAGAAACACAUUCAGCUACAUUACGAGUCUUCUGCAUUUGAAAAGCACAAGCUGGUCGAUCCUCGCAGAGACCUUCAAGACAGCAUCUGCUCUCUUCACGAUGAGGUGAUGAAGAUCUUCUGCCGUACAGACGAGCAGCUAAUCUGUUAUCUCUGCUUGAUGGAUGAACAUAAAGAUCAUGAAACGGUCUCACUUGCUGCGGAAAGAGCCGAGAAGCAGAAGGAGCUGGAGGAAAGUCGACAACUAAUCCAGCAGAGAAUCCAGGACCAGGAGAAAGAUGUGGAGCUUCUUCAAAAGGAGGUGGAGGCCAUCAAUAUCUAUGCUGAUAAAGCAGUGGAGGACAAUGAGAAGAUUUUUUCUCAUUUGAUUCAUCUCGUUAAAAAAAGAAGCUCUGAUGUGAAGCAGCAGAUCAGAUCCCAGCAGGAAACCGAAGUGAGUCGAGUCAAAGAGCUUCAGAAGAAGCUGGAGCAGGAGAUCACUGAGCUGAAGAGGAAAGAUGCUGAGCUGGAGAAGCUCUCAAACACAGAGGAUCACAACCAGUUUCUCCACAACUACCCCCCACUUUCAGCACUCAGUGAGUCUACACACUCAUCCAGCAUCAAUAUUCGUCCUCUGAGAUACUUUGAGGAUGUGACAGCAGCUGUGUCAGAGCUCAGAGAGAAACUUGAAGACCUCAUCAGAGACACCUGGACCAAUAUCUCGCAGAGAGUCGCUGAAGUCGAUGUUUUACUGCCCCAACCUGAACCCAAGACAAGAGAUGGAUUCUUAAAGUAUUCUAAAGAAAUCACCCUGGAUCCAAACACGGCACAUUCUCAUCUUCUGCUGUCUGAGGAAAAAACCAAAGCAACGUACAUGAAGGAAGAACAGCACUAUCCCAGUCACCCAGACAGGUUCACCGCCUGGCAUCAGGUGUUGACCAGAGAGAGUCUGACCGGACGUUGUUACUGGGAGUUGGAAGCCAAACGUGGGGGAGUUCGCGUUGCAGUCGCAUAUAAAAACAUCAAAAGAGCGGGCCGCUUAAAUGAAUGCUUGUUGGGAUGCAAUGACAAAUCUUGGGCGUUGUGUUGCGAUCGGAACAGCUACACAUUUUGGCACAACAAUGUGAAAACUCCGCUUUCAGGUCCGUGCUUCUUGAGAGUUGGCGUGUAUCUGGAUCACAGAGCAGGUAUUCUGUCUUUCUACAGCGUCUCUGAAACCAUGACUCUCCUCCAUAGAGUCCAGACCACAUUCACUCAGCCUCUAUAUGCUGGACUCCUUUUUUAUUCUGAUGGAGACACUGCCGAGUUCAUCAACCUCAAUUAGACGAGACCUGUAGGAGUUGCUGGAUAAAUCAUAUCAAAGGUGCAGGUGAAAUAUUCAUUUGCAUUUGAAGUAAUAGUUCAGGUUUCUAAAAUGUAUAAAAGCAGUAAAUAAGCUAAUAAAAGUAUUUGCUGUAUAAAUCAGAGUAAUCAGUUGUAAUAACAUGAGUAUUUCCCAUACAAAUUGUGACGAUAUAGCUCUGCAUUACCAUUGAAACCUUUCCAUAAUUUACUCAGACCAUCGUUAAGUCCUUUUUGCUUCUCCUACCCAGACCCGUUGAUUAUUUAAUUAAAUUUUUAAUGACCCUUUACCUGUGGGGCAUUUGAGUUCUAAUUUUAGUAUUCCUGAUUAAAUUACAUUUUCAAACAUAGCUUAAAUCCUUUUCACAUUUUUCUUUUUCCAACUACUUUUAUGUAUACAUGCCUAAAGAUUAGCUUAAGUAUUGAAUAAUCUUAUUUGAUUACAUUGCAAUAUAUGGUGCAAUCUGCAUCAAUGGUUUGAAAUAUAUGAAAUAGUUACAAAUGUUUUUGGAGAUGCAGUAACUAUUAUUAAAGUUGUCAAAACAUGAAUACGAUCAUCAGAUUUUACAUCAAAUUGUGAGAACAUGUAUUUUUUGUAUAGUCUAUAAGAAAUAAUCCUCUUUUUGACAGUAUUUUUUUAAACGAGUAGCAGGUAAAUCCUAAAGGACCGAUAACUGAGCCUUGUGGAACUCCAAAUAUCUUUAUUUUUCUCUUGCUGUUUUGACCUUAAAUCUGUUAGUUUGACAGAAAGUGUCUCAUAUUUUACUAGUAAAAUGCUUCAUUAAAAAGCCUUCAAUCUAAUCUGUCAUGUUACACUAAAUUGAAGGCAACACUCGGGGAGAUUUACUCAAAACUGCCAGAUUUAGGCCACAAAAGUAAAGCGCUAGUGGGUCAAAACAUACACAGUGAAUUAAAGAUAGAAAUGCAGUAUUAGUUUGACUUACACUAUGUUUGUCCUUCUAUUGAGGGUCUUUCAUUUUGAAAAGGAGUUAAGCAAUAAUGUCUUUGUUCAGUGUUAUUAAUUACAUUUUAAUCAAGGUUUUUGUUUUUCUUUAGAAUCUUAAUAAUCAUACAAAAUAAAGUAUUUAGGGAUGGAAUCUCCUGAUGAACAAAGGUGCGCUCUGUUAUAUUUCUCCUGGUUUUAGGGAACACUGGUCAUUAAAUAUUGGCAGAACUUUUGUGAGAUGAACGGAGAAAUGUAGGUUCAAGGAGCAAUGGUUUUAGUUUUCAGGCCACUGAUCCGGAUGUGUUGGAAGAUUUAAAACGGAAAAUAUUAAAACCCAACUCUGACAUCAGGUAUCAGUCUGUUAAGUGUUGGUUUGUCUAUUUUUGUGUCCGUACAGUUGGCAUGUUUUAGGAUUCUAGAAACUUUAAUUGAUUUUUGUUUAUAAAUGUAAACUUCUUUCCUUUAGUAGAAUAGUAUAAAUGUUACGUUGCAUUUAUCUUAAAAGUAGUUUUUUUUUUCUAUUACUUAGACUAAUUGAAACUAAAUUAAAAUGUUUUUAUUUUAAUAUCUUUGUUUUUUUAUCACCAUUUUCAAAGUGCUGCAGUGUAAAGCAGCAUAUGACAGUAUUUGUUUCCUUAUUUUUUUUUUUUAUAUGAACCCAAACUCACAUUUUACUACCUCUAAGUGUUAAUACACCUUUUCUUAAACGCAUUAUAUUCUUUUCAAAUGACACACUUUCUUCCACUGUUUUUCAGUGUUUUGUUUUUAUAUGUAUUAAGAUGACGCAUAACUACCUCUGCUAAUAAGUAUUCAAUGAUUUCGUUUUCCUUUCCACUUGCGAUGGAGAAAACACUUUCUCUUCCCUUUUCAUUGUACAAGUUCUAUUUUAGUCAUAUAAAAAAAAAAUCUUGGGUUGAAACAGCUUCUUUAUGUUUCUUCUUUGUUUCCAGAAGCAAUCUCUCAGGGAUUUUUGAGAGAUUGCAUGUUUUUAUCUUCAGUAUAUUGAAUGUAUUUGUUACAAUCAGCUUUUCUCAACCAUUAAUUACAGGAAAUAAAAUUGUUGUAUGUUGAGAAAUUUUGAAACCCAUGCCAUCAAUAACUCAAUUAAAAUCC